CUCCUCCCUCCCCGCCGCCCGCUUCCGGAGUGCGUCUCGGUCCCUGCCAGAUCGCCCGAUCCGCCCACGCUACGGGGCCCUCCUGUCCUGCACUUCAGCAUGACCUCCGGUGAUCGGAGUGCCUUGGCCUCGCGCGACGCGGCGGCCGAGCGAGGGGUCGGUGCGCCGAUGGAUCUCGACUCCAGCUCGCGUGUGGAGACCGGCACCAUGAGCUCCACGUUCGGCUCAACCUCGAUGGCUUCCUCCUCAUGGGCCUUUCGUCCGUUAGCCCGGCCGCCGGGUGGAUCAUUUGCCGCGCGCUCGUCCCUCGGCGAUCACCUGGAUUCACCGAGCAAAGCCCCCUCAGAUGGGCGUUUGACCCUGUCGGCGGCCGACCGCUCGGCUUUGGCCAACGAAACGAGUGCCUUCCCUUUCAAGCCGGCCUCCAGCGGCACCAGCCACCUGCGCUCAUCCCUGAGCGAGGCAGACCUCCUGGAUGAUGGACCCACCUCGAGCACAUCGGCCGAUCGUCGGACCUCCUUCGGCCUGGGUGCCUCUGCAUCGACCUCCGGCCUGGGGAUUUCGAUUCCGGGCGGCCGGUUUGGUGCCACUGACCGGGCAGCCGACCGCUCGGGCCCCUCGACGCCGCUGUUUGGUGGCGCCCCAGCCAGCUCCGCUGCUGCUGCUGCCGCGACUGCUGCCUCUGCUUCCCAGACCUCGGCGGCACCGGGCACCCCUCAGCGGGAAUUCCUGCCCACCGUUGAUGAUGUUGGUGGCCUUGUUCUCAAGGAGCCUGAGUACACCUUCUCUCCAGGGUCCAACAACAGCCCCGUCUUCCAGCGAAACGCGCCGUCCAUUCAUUCGCGGCUCAAUGGCCGGCGUCAACUCCGCACCGCGCAGCAGGCCUUGAUGAAUCCCCGCCGGCCGGCCCCGGCAUCGGAGGCUGGCUUCGCCUCGCCGGCCGGCCACCACGGUGGUGCCUACCCUGCUGCUCCUCAGUCCCCGUACUACCACGGGAUGGAGCAUCACCACUUGGCAUAUGGUGCUUCGCCGGCUGGCGGCCAUGCCCUUUAUUCGCCGGUCACGCCGGGGCUCAUGUACUCGCCGUACGGCGGGGCUCCGACCGUGGCUCCGGUCUUUUCCGGUGCCAUGCUUUAUGGAUCGCCGAUGGCGGCCCAUGGGCCAGCCACGGCCACGCCUCUCGGCCAGGAGAAAAAGCCGGCCUUGGCUGAGACCUCGAGCGCCGAGACAGCUGCUGCUGGUGAAACACCGCCCGGUGCCACCUCGGCCACCGCUGCCAUGGCGGCCGAGGGCACCGCCGGCGGUGCCCUGAUCCCCCAAAAUGCCUCGGAAUCUGGCGCCAAGACCGCCGAUGGCAACGGCGGCGCAGGUGGGCGGCCGCCCGCCGGUCGUCGGGCCCGUCACCCAGGUCGCGGCAAGUCCUGGACCUCGUACAUUCCCUCGCUCAAUCAGGCUCUCGGUUUUAUUCAGCUUCUGUUCAAUGUCAGCAUCGUGGCUGGGAUCCUGUAUCUCCUUUACCGAGUUUACUUCCACAUCAGCAGUGACAUUGACAUCCGGCUGCAACGCCUCCAGCAGGACCAAUCUGCCGUUGUCAAUCAGUGCAUCUCCGACUACAACUCCAACCGUUGCUCCGAGAAGGACAUCCCGAAGGCUCUGGAGAAGUACUGCUCGGAUCUGCUGGUUUGCAUGCAGCGCAACCAUGAGGAUGUUGAGCAGACCACCAUCAUGGCCCAGGUGCUGGCCGGCGCGGUGAAUGCCUUUUUCGAGCAGUUUUCCAUCCGCACAGUGCUCCUUUGUGCCCUGCUCAUUGUCGUGGGGACGUACAUCACCAACCUGUCCCUGACCCGACUGCAGGCGGUCACCGAAUGGCGCAAGACGCCGGGCAAUGGCCAAGCCUCAUCGACCGGCGGGCGCCGUGGAGGUCGCUUUGCCCGGCGCGGUGGCCCCGCCACUCGGCGUGGCUACUACUCGUCUGAAGAGCGCGACGAUGAUGAGGGGAGCUCCUCCGAGGAGGAGGAGGACGAAGAUUACUCGGCCGGGCGCUCGGGGGCCGGGUCGUCACGCGGGCGCGAUUCGUCGGCUCGGCACCGCGGCCGCCGGCCGGACUCGGGCCCCCCUGCCGGCGGGGCAGGGCCGGUGUUGUAUGCCCCCCUGGCACCAGGGCCUCUGGCCCCCUACUCGGUGGCCGGAACCCCGAUGCACAUGGUCCCUCCCAUGUAUGUGUCAUCCCCCUUGCGGCGAGAUGCCUUCCCUUCGACAUCGCAUGGCGCCCAUCAUCACCCCCACGGUACUGCUGCGCCUGGAUCGACCUCAAUUUUCCCCGGCACCCGGCCAGCCCCCGCGCCAUCGGCCGCAUCAGACCGCCCGGCCAGUCCGUUUGGUCGUCCUCUGCUGGGAUCAACAGCCGCCGCGACCCCGGCCAAUGGCCCUCCGCCAGGCCCCCCUCGCAAGCCAUACAAUUUUACCCCGCUCACAUACCAGCCUCCUGCGCUGGCGGCGGAAGGUAAGGACGCUCCCUCCUCCCCUCAGACCCCCUCUCCAGCAGCCCCUCGGUGAUGAUGGGCGAGUGCUUCUCGCCUGGCACCGUGCCCAUCCCCCUUUGCCCGUCCGGUGGCAAGGGACAAAGCACAAGAAUACACACACACACACACCUACACCCAAGUUCCUCUCGUGGAAAGGGAAAAACAAACAGAGUCCGUGCCGAGCAACC